AUGGCGAGUGGGCUCACCAGGCGCCAGAACCGGAAAAAGCGAGGGAGAAAGAAGGAGGAGAAGGCAGCAAACGCAAGAGCAAGGAAACGGGAUAAUUCCAACGAUGAGCAGUCUUGUUCUUCCCAAAAUGGCAGUGUCAAAUCUCGUCUUGACCAAAUGAUGUCAUCCUGCACCUGUUGUUCAUCUAUAAAAGGGAGAAUAAUGCGGAUAGAGAGAGAAUUUGGGGAUAUGCUUUACAGAGGUCAUGGAUUUAUGCAACAACAACAGCUUUCGGGACUGGCAAGAUCAACGAUCAUGCAGGCGUACUCUUUUUGCAGUGAUUACUUUUCCAUUACUGACGAAGAUUCAUCAACCGCAUCAACAACAGAGAGAACUCCAUUGAGUGGUGAAAGUCACGAAGAAACCUACGUUUCUCAAGAUUGUAUACCUCAGAAACAGGAAAUGGAUCGCUCAAGUUCUAGCAACUCGUUGCAGGCUAUUCAACUGCAUCUUUCACCUGUCCCAGAACACAAAAUUGCUACGUCGUCAAUUGCGAGUUUAAAUGCAAAUUUAAAAGCGCCGAUGUCUCCUCUAGCGAAUAGUUCCGAUACGGUGGAAGAAACAGCCAAAGAUUCUGAUGACGAAAGUACAGAGUCUGAGCCAAACCUAGUCAACGAAACAUCGACCCCGGAAGAAGUUGUAGACGAAGAGGAAUCAGAUGUUGUGGAACCUCAAUUUCCUCAAUUUCCUUGGGAGGUUCCCGAGGUUUCUAGACUGCGGGAUUACUCAAAGACGACUGGGGAACUGCCAUAUCUUUCACCUGCAAGCAUGGCUCGCAUCGCUCCGGUUCCAAAAAAAACCGAGUACAUGCAAAGUUUGAACGCGGAAGAAGAUACCCCUCUGACAGAAAGCGACAUCACUAGGCUGGAACAGCAAUCUGAAAAUGAUGGAAAAGUUCAAUUUUUCUUGCGGGUACCCAAAUCGAAAAAGCUUCGUCAAACACGACAAAGGCAAGUGGACCGCACUCUUUCUGGGUUGAAAACAAAGAGUCCGAAACAAAUCGCAAAUCUCCGUCGACAGAACCUUUCGACGGGUUCAGAUGCGUCGGAUAGGACACCAAAGUAUGUAGCUCCUUUUCCUAUGCCUCUAAGCCGAGACAACUCGCACGAUAAAUCGGAGAUUACGCCAAAUGAAAGUUCAUCGGUGGAUGGUGUAUCGCCGCACCGUGAUCGCGAAAGGACAGUACGGAGAAUGUCCUUUGUUGCUGGUUCAAAAAUCAAUCGUUUCGAUGGAAGUGGACCCCACCAUGUUUCAGUUUCUAGUGCCGACCCUUCUUCGGAUGCAAGAGAAAGCAGUGUGGGACAAAUGAUAAGCUCUGAGAUUCUCAAUCAUAGAUUGUCGAAUGGAUCCAAGAAUCAUCAACGGUUGAGGUCAGGCAGUGCCAGUUCGAGAGCCGAAGCACUUUCCUAUGGGGGCAAAAGAAGAAAUUUCCCACCCCAAAAAAGUGCAUCAGAUGCUGAUCCAGGUGAUGUGCUUGCACGUACUGGUGGUAGAACGAUGAUAAGCCGGAGAGGUUCUUUUGUUGCCGGCUCAAAGAUUGAGCAUUUCAACGGAAGAAACCGAAAUUUCCCCUCGCGUGUCAAGGAAGGUCUUGGAGAUCUAAGUUUGGAAUUUGACCGAUCUGACAGACGAAAUCGGACGAUUUCCUCCCGAAGUAAAGAAGGUCUUGGCGAACUGAGUUUGGACAAUAACGGGUCGAAGCGAAGACAUCGGACUGUUUCUACCAGAAGCAAAGAAGGUCGCCGGGUUUUGAGUUUAGAAAACAGUGGAUCUAGUCAGAUUAAGCGCACUCUUUCGGCUCAGAGCGAAGAAAGCUUCGGAAAUCUUAAGCUGGAAAAUGGCGGGUCUAGACAGAACAGUGGAUCUAGACGGAAUAGCGGAGCGUCGAAACGGAAUAGCAGUGCGUCUAAACGGAACAGCGGAUCUAGUCGGAUACGACGCACGCGCUCCUCUCAGAGCCACGAAAGCUUUGGAAAUUUGGGCCCGGAGACUGGUGGAUCUCGACGGGGGAGUUUGAGCAUGGAGAUUGGGGUACCAAGGCGGGCGAAGCGAAAUUCUUCAUAG